CCUUCUUUUCCCACCGAUGUGGGACAAAAUGUUUUGCCAAAUUCAACAAGCUUCAACACCAAUUAUCAAUCUUGUAGUUUUCUUUUUGAUUUAUCUCAUGAGUGCCUUUCCCCUUUAUGAUGUACAAUAAGGUACCUGGAAUGCCUGAGGAGGCUUUUGUAGAGUCUUGUCCUGUUUGUCUACAAAACUGUAAUUGCAAAGCUUGCUUGCGGUUGGACGGGCCGAUAAGGCUUUGAAGAACUUACAAUUUGAGAUUAGCAAUGAAGAAAAGGUUCAGUACUCUAAAUUUAUCUUGCAAAAACUUUUGCCUUUCUUGAGAAGAUUCAAUGCAGAGCAAGUGAUGGAGAUGGAGAUUGAAGCUAAGAUUCAAGGAUUACCAGUGUCAGAGUCAAAGCAGCAGAGGGCGAAGUGACAGAAGAAUGCGCGAAUGUACUGCAACAACUGCAAAACAUCCAUUGCUGAUUUCCACAGAAUUUGUUCCAGCUGUUCCUAUGAUCUUUGCCUUACUUGCUGUCGGGAGCUUAGAGAUGGUCGCCUUAAGGGAGGUGAUGAAGAAGUCAUAAUGGAGUUCACUGACAAAGGGGUUGCUCAUUUGCAUGGUGAUAUGGAACAUGAUUCUGUACCAGAUACCGGAACAAGAAUAUAAAAAAGGACUAGACUUUCCAAGAAGAUGGUUGAAAAUGGUGAUAUGGAACAUGAUUCUGUACCAGAUACCGGAACAAGAAUAUAAAAAAGGACUAGACUUUCCAAGAAGAUGGUUGAAAAUGGUGAUAUGGAACAUGAUUCUGUACCAGAUACCAAUACUAAAACUUCAAGAAGGACUAGACUUUCUGAGAAGGAGAUGGUUGAAAAUGGUGAUACGGAACAUGGUUCUGUACCAGAUAACAAAACUAGAACUUCAAGAAGGACUAGACUUUCCAAGAAGCAGAUGGUUGAAAAUGGUGACACGAAACAUGAUUCUGUGCCAGAUACCAAUACUGGAACUUCAAGAAGGACUAGACUUUCCAAGAAGGAAACGGUUGAAAAUGGUGCUAUGGAACGUGAUUCUGUAUCAGAUACCAAUACUAGAACUUCAAGAAGGACUAGACUUUCGAAGAAGGAGAUUGUUGAAAAUGAUUCCGCUGGAGAUGCCAAGUUUGCAUCUGAAAUGAAACCUAGGGAUAAUGGAGGGCUUCUGCCAAAGAAUUCUGGUGGUCCUGCUGGUGAAUGGAAGUCCAAUGAAGCUGGUAGCAUCCCUUGUCCGCCAGAGAAUUUUGGUGGAUUUGGUAAGGGCAUUUUAGAGCUGAAGCGCCUGCGGUCAAAGUCAAAAUAUUCGGUCUCUGAAUUGUUGACAAAGGCUGAAGAUAUUGUCAAAAGAUGUGAAUUGGAACACAUGCCUGCAAUACCUGAGGGGUCAUGCUUAUGUAUAAAUUUAGUUGCUGAAAAUGAUAUGCAGAAAAGUAAAUUGCGUAAAGCAUCAUCUCGUGAUGAUUCUGAUGACAACUAUUUAUACUGUCCAGCAGCUAAAGAUCUUCAGCAGGAGGAUCUGAAGCAUUUCCAGUGUCAUUGGCUGAAAGGUGAGCCUGUCAUCGUCGGUAAUGUGCUUGAGACUGCGUCAGGGUUAAGCUGGGAGCCCAUGGUUAUGUGGCAAGCGUGUCGCCAGUUAAAGAACCUAAACCAUCCCCUUCUUUUGGAUGUCAGUGCUACCAAAUGCUUGGAUUGGUCUGAGGCAGAAGUUAACAUCCACCACUUUUUUAAGGGAUACAUGGAAGGUCAAUUUGAUAGUGCUGGCUGGCCACAGCUUUUGAAGUUGCAAGGCUGGCCUAAUUUUUUCGAAGAGCGGUCACCCCACCUUUGUGCUGAGUUCAUUAGAAGCUUGCCUUUUAAGGAGUACACAGAUCCUCAAAGUGGCUUCCUAAAUCUUGCUGUCAAACUGCCACCAGGGUCUUUGAGACCUGACAUUGGAGCAAAGACAUAUAUCGCUUAUGGAAUUCCCCAGGAGCUGGGGCGUGGAGACUCUGUGACUAAGCUGCACUGUGAUAUGUCUGAUGCGGUAUACUUGGUUGCCUUUUCUUUUGGGCAUAUUUUUCUUCUCUCUGGACUCUGGAUUAUGCCCAGUGAAGAUUUUUCUGGAGCACGUGGACAUACUCAUGUGAAUGUGCUGACACAUACUCAAGGAAUAAAGCUGACACCUGUGCAGCUUUCAAGGAUAGAAAUAUUGAAAAGAACAUAUGCUGCCCAAGAUAAAAGGGAACUUCAAAUGGCUGAUGAGGAGCAAAAAUGUAAAAAUGGAGCAUCAUCUGAGUUCAACGAGGGCCAGUCUUUGCUAGAGAGAGAUACUGCUGCUGAGGGGAUAACAAAUGGUGCAAUCCAUUUUACUGGCGCUUCUGAAGCAAGUGGAGGGAUUAAGAAUGAUUGUAACAUUGAUGCGUGCAAAGGUAACCCAGUGUUUGGGAAAAGUGAAAUAUCUGAGGAUAUAGGAGGUGCGAUGUGGGGCAUCUUUAGAAGGCAAGAUGUUCCGAAGUUAGAGGAAUAUCUCAGGAAGCACUUCAAUGAAUUCAGGCACAUUAACUGCUGCCCUGUGCCACAGGUUAUUCACCCUAUUCAUGAUCAAACAUUUUACUUGACUGAGGACCAUAAAAGGAAGCUUAAGGAAAAAUAUGGAUUUGAACCUUGGACCUUUGUUCAAAAACUAGGGGAUGCAGUUUUCAUACCUGCAGGCUGCCCUUAUCAAGUUAGAAAUCUGAAGUCAUGCAUAAAUGUUGUUCUUGGCUUCGUUUCACCUGAAAAUGUUGGUGAAUGCAUUCGUUUGACUCAGGAAGUCCGCUUGCUUUCCCAAGAUCUUGUUGCUGCAGAAGACAAAUUAGAGGUCAAAAAGAUGAUUCUUUAUGCCACAUGGGAAGCUAUUGAGGACCUGGCAAUGCUAAGUCAGUGAACUAGUCUCACCCCUCUCCUUGUUGCCAUCCAUUUUUCCAUCUGUAGACAAACAAAUUUUGUUAUUGAUGGCAGUUUAUUUAUUAAAGUAGGUCCUUGUGAUAUGUGCUGCACGUGUGAAUAUCUUCUUUAUAAGAUUUUCUUUUUAACUCUUAACUCAAAAAAAUUGUUUCUUUAAUGUUUCACUUACUUGAAGGGAGCCUUGGAGCAAUGUAAAGUUAUCUCUG